UGGGUUUGCAUGAUCAUGUCUGGAACCAAGACUUUGGAAACACCCAGAUUGCACAAUGCCCUGGCCAGAGCUGCCACCCACAGCCCUGGCAGCAAUAAAAAGGAGAAGGAGCAGGAGCAUUGGCAGAGUCCUGCAAGGAGCACAUCCCCAAGGUACAUCAGCUGUCUGCCUGCUGCAGAGAUGGUGCAAGCAACUGUCUUCCUCCUGGUGCUCAGCCUGGCCCUGGGGGCUCACAGCCUCCCUCCAAAAAAGUGCAACCUGAUCGGGCGCUGGGUCAAUGACCUGGGCUCCACCAUGACCAUCUCAGCUGUGAAUGGAGACGGUGUCUUCUCUGGCUCCUACCUCACGGCUGUGUCAGCCACCACGAACGAGAUCAAGGUGUCACCCCUGCAAGGAACUCUGCAACGCAAAAACCAGAAGGGCCAGCCCACCUUUGGCUUCACUGUCAACUGGAGCUAUUCAGACUCCAUCACCGUUUUCACGGGACAAUGCUUCUUGGACAAGGAUGGAAAGGAGACUUUGAAGACCAUGUGGCUUCUGCGGUCACACGUGGACGACAUUGAAAAUGACUGGAAAGCCACCAUGGUCGGCACCAACAUCUUCACCCGUGUGCAGUCGCAGAGGGAGUGAGAAGGGCAGCAGGGGUGUUCCCAGGCUGGCAGCAACACUGGAGGGGAAGCCCCAUCUCCUGCCCCACCACUUGUUUCUCCCAAUAAAG